AUGCUGUUCAGGAGCCUGCACAACGGGGCAUCCCACUUCCCUCUGAUGAGAACCAGGGCAUGCCUGAGCACGGUGCACCCCCACAUUCCUCGCCGCAUGAUGUCAUUUGAUGGCAUGUUGUUCUGGAGCUGUGACACGCUGCUCCACGGUUUUAGAGGAAGGUGCGGCGCUCUCUGUCGCAGGUCUCCCACCGACAACUCUCAACAGGCCCUGGUCUGUGCUGGCAGGCGCCGCCGGGACCAGGGUCAAACUGCCUGCCAGGCGCUGGAGAUCAUCCUUGGCUGA